CUGUCAUUCGAAGGUUUACGUCCCAGGAUGAAAAAGGCUGAAAUGUCAAAAAUGGUUAGCAUUCGUACUCUUCUACAGUUUUUUGAUAAAUUAAAACAUGAAGAAGGGUGUACGAUUAUUAAUAAUGGAACUGCUAUUUUUGAACUUCAAGAACCAGAUGAACCAUUUGAAAUCAUCUAUUUCGAUGAAACAUCUCAGAUAAAAUUUGAAGACUUCAACGUUACUUUCCUGAAUGUGUCUAUAAAGGUAGAAACAGAGUGCUUUAUUGCGUACUCCAUUAUUUCUUCAAAAAUGGAUGAGACAGUUUUAAAUGAGGUUUUUCAAUAUCUCAAAAGCAAGGAAUGUUUUCAAAAAUUAAAACUAAUUGUUGGUCCACUGACAAAUGACGUAGUGGACUGUGCGAAGGAGGUGUUUCAAGUUGAGUACACAACUUCGUGGUUCCACAUUCGAGAGAUUAUUAAAGAUUUAUGGAUUAGAAAAAAUUUAUUUAAAGAUGAAAAUGACUCUUUAAGCUCGGCCUUAGCUUUGCCAUUAUUGCCAGCAACUAAAAUUGCUGAAGGAUGUACAUGUUUAAUCAAAAUUGCAAUCAGAAGCAAUUCUGAAGAAGAAAAGUCAUUUGCGCAAGAUGUUUUUAGCCUUUUAACAGCGACCUUAGAAAAUUUUGUAAGUUUUGUAAAUACAAAAACUGAAAGAUAUGACUCAGCACUAUCGACUAGUAGAAAAAUGUGGGAGCAAAUUUUGAAGUCAAAGAAUCCUGGAGAACUAUUUGCUAAAAUUAAACAAUUAAUCAACGUGAAAAGAAUGAAGAAGCCAAUAUCUUCUGAAAUUUCUGUGAAGGCCAAAGACACAUGGCAUAAAUUAUUAUAUAGUACCAACAAAUUGGAAGUAUUUGAAAGUAUAAUUAUUUUGAGAAAUGAAUCCAAAAAAUUCUCUAACAUUACAAGACAACGAAAAGCACUUCAAUACAGAUCUCAAAAUAUUGAUCAAGGGAUUUCCUUAAAAAUAUCACCAUGCAUUGAUGAAACAGGAAAUUGCAUUAAGGAAACUCCCAAAAAGAGAAACAAUAAAAGAAGAGAUGAAACAAUUAUCCUAAGGGAUGGGAGUGAAAGUGAUUUGAGUAUUAACUUACUCUUAUCAAGUUCUAAUUCCGAAAUUUCACAUGCAGAUGAUUUUAUAGAUUUAAAAAGCAUAUCUCCUCACGAUUCACAAACAGAUAAGUCAGGAAAUGAUGAUGAUGGUGAUGAUGAUGACAAUAAAAUUGAAACGGAAAGUAUGAUUAUUGUACCACAAGAAACUCGCAAAAUCCUGACAGGCCAAGUUCUAAAAGGUAACUUAUGCAUAAGUCAUACUAUGAAGCUGAAACUGGCUUAA